AUGGAGGGGACGGAGACCUUGGUGUGUGAGGGCAGGUACCUGCUGGCACCCCUGCCCACCUCUCCUGUGCCCGCUCCCUCGGGGGGUGCUCCGGGGCUGUGGAGGGACAUGGGGGGAGUAGACGGGAGCCCGCCGGGCCGGGGGAGCGCUGGCCCGGAUCGGGUCCCGCCGCGCCGCGUCGCCACGGCAACCGGCGGCACCACCGCCCUCCGUCCGGCGAAUGUAGCCCGUCCCGCCUGCGACCAAUGGGGGGGGAGGGAGGGCGGUGCGGCGGCCAAUGGGGAGCCGGCGGGGCGGGGCCGCACCCGGGACGGCUGCGGCCGCGCUGUGCGUCCGGCUCCGCCCCUCCCGGCCCGGCCCCGCCCCUCCCGGCCCCGCCCCGCCGGCCGAUGGGGCGCGGGCAGCGGGCAGGGGCUGCCGGUGGCGGGCGGCGGCGGCGGGAUGGCGCACCCCAGCGAGGCCUCGGCGCACACGGCGGCCGCCGGCGCGGCCAUGGACAGUAACGUCCUGGCCAUCGUUAUCGCCGCGACGGUAUCCACCUCCGUCUUCAUCGUGGCAAUCCUCAUCCUACUGCUGCUCCUGUACCACCGGGACCCCAUGUGCUGCCAAUUCCUCUGCUCCUGCCGCUUCUUCCAGACCCCCAGCCAGUAUGACUGUCCCCCGCCCUACUUCAGCAGCAGCCAGCGGCUGGUGGGUCCCCAGUGCGGAGCGUCACGGCUGGAGAGUGCUGCCGAGAACCCUGGCAUGCAGGGAGACGAGCUAUUCUGCGUCGGACCCCCCAGCAGCUACCAGCUCCCUUCCUGGGAGCAGCCCCGCUUGCCAAGCUACGAGAGCGUGCGGAAGAAAGAUCGCCAGCGGGAAAUCCAUCAGAUGAUUGCCGAGAGGUUUGGGCUGUGGGCAGAGCCUUCCCAGGAGAUGCCGCCUCCCUACGAGCAUGCUCUGAGGCAUCCCCCAGCUUUCUCAGGAACAGUAAUAAGCUCAGAGACCUUGGACAGACGUGGUGUGCCAGACCCUUUCCAGGCCCCUCUCAGCUACCAAACUCAGCGAAACACAGCCGUGGAACGGCCAAACAUCAGACCUUCACCCAGAUUCGCAAUCAGCAGAGACACAGGGAAGUCAGAACCCAGCCAGCAGAGAUGUCCCUCCUGCAGCACAGGGACAACCACAGAGCCACCGCCAGGUAUUGAGCUCUGAGCGAAGCAGCCAGGGAUGUCUGUUCGCUCUUCUCUGGCAAAUGUACUGUUACCAAAGGUGAUGGACCAGCUGCUUGUUUCUACACAAGGGGCAAAGCCAAGGUGAAGGUCUGCUCAGCCAGAGCUCCUCCAGGCAGCUGGCGUGUAUCAUACCUCUGUGAGGCAAGCACCCACAGCUGUACCAAGGAUCAGACCUCAGACAGCGGUUGUGUUGUGCUACUUCACUUAUUUCUUAGGUUAUAAAAUGUUUUACUUUAUUGGUGUAUUGGCUAUUGGGUGGGAAUCCUCAGCUGUGAGCAGAAUGAAUCCGCAUCAGAGCAUUGCUGUGUGCUCUUGCAGCAACGGUCCUCUGUGACCGAGAGCAAUUUUGUAUGGACUUCAGAUAAAGAUUCGGAGAGGUUCCAGGGGUUUUAUUGCCUGCUGUAUGCAAAUACGGACCAGCGAGGUGAACCGUGUGACGGGAUAUGCAAGCUGGGAAAGGACAGGAGAAGCGUGGACAAAAUAGCUUGUGGUCUCCAUGAAGAGCAUAAAGCAAAGGUGGACAUGUGUGCCUGACCCAGGUUACCUAGUUGUCUUCUGCAGAGCAGACAAUCUAAUAAUGUCAACACUGGUGCCCUCACACCACCAAUUUUGAUAACCUGUUUUCUACUGCAGAGCCAAUGUUUCAAAUUGUUUACAAACUUCAGAUAAAAUUAGAUCAGUUUGGCCA